AUGGCUGCUGCGUCAAUUGCCAUGCAGCGCUCCAACCAACGAAGUUCUUUGGAUUUAAGAGGGUCUUGCAGUGAGUCACACGGUGGCCGCAGCGAAGCGGACGGGUUUUCAUUUCGUUCUUCCAAAGCCCGCAGUGUCCGUUUCACCCCUAGUGAUCGUGAUACUAUUGGUGCUCAGAACGAACGACAUUUGAUUCAAUGCCCAAGCUCUAUAGCUUCUCCAUGCAGCAAUGGAACUGCCAGAAACGAUUCCGCAUUCCAUGCUGCGGCUGACGAGCUAACCCCGAACAUAAACGAGUUGUCUGGAAUUGGAGAUAGCAUUGCUUCAGCGCCAUCAUCCUAUCGGAAACUCCGUAAAGCUAAAUCAAUGUUCUCAACCCGGAAGCGUGCGAUGAAGUCGUCAGAUUCGUCCUAUUCACCGUUUAGAUCCUCUACUUGCUCAGAUAACCCCGAAAUGGGCCAUCUUUCCCGAGCCACACUGCGACGAUCGAAGUCUUUCUUUGCCGCGGAAAUAGCCCAGAAGCCAGAUGGCGAAAAGCGGACAGAUAGCCAGAACGCAGCAAUCCAGUUAGCCCGUGAGCAAUAUCUACAGGAGUUACAGCAGUCAAAGCGAAAUGAUGGGUCGGCAUCUAUUCUUAGUGGGAGAGGACGGCACCAAUCAAGGCCCUUUAGAAAAUCUCUUAGAUCUUCUAGCGGAUGGGAUGCUGAAAACGAAAUUCCAGUCGCUCCUCCUCAGCCUAUAAAACCCAGUGUAAUUUACCCAAGUAAGACCCUUCGAAACUCAACGUCAAGGAUCUUCUCAUUGUCGAUCAAGAAUGGCCUAAGGAGGAUAUUUGGACGCUCGAUGGCACAAGAGGAAAGAUGUGCACCCACGGUGCAGCGCAAGCAUGCAUUAGGAUUUAGUGAUUAUAUCAGUUCAGAAUCUGGAGGACCGGCGAGCAUUGGCAAUCGACCAGCUAGUAUCAGGACGAUGAAGAGCUCGGACAGUUUUGCCACCUUAAGCUCCCGCGCAACCAGUUGGACAGAUUCGACCGCUACCAACAUUACGGCUACAAGAGAUGCUGUAUCGGAGAGAAAUAGACUUUCCAUUAUUCAAGAGAACGGCGUCCCACCUGAUUCCACCCCUUCCCGGCUGUCUUUCCAUUACAAUGAUGGAUACUCAGUCUUCCGGAAGCCUUUGCAUCCGGGACGCAGCGGUAAUAAUGCUUUUGAUGCAGUGGACAGCCAGCGGGUGUACUCUGCUUUACGAGGCGUCUAUGCGAACUAUCAGGCCGAUACCUCCAGCGCGGGGCCUAUCUCCAAGUUCACGAAGCCAGAUAUCGUCGAAUCGCUCCAGCGGUCAAAAUCGUCACUCUGUCAACCUAGCCGGCAAAAGCGAUCCGAAAUUCCGAACCCGCUAGUCCCGCCCCGAUUUUCCUCCUAUGAACACGCGAUAAACUCAGACGAUGACAUCGAAAGUGUGAUCGUAUCACGGCCGGGUGAUAUUGCGCGAUCUUGUGUCUCUCCAAGUGUGUAUUCAAGGACGACCAGCGGGGAUACACCAAGACAUUUUGGAAGCAGGAGAGACUUGAGUUUUUCGGAAUCUAGCGAUGAACGAGGUACGGUUACUAUCCUUGCCAGUGAGAGACUACCAUAUAAGCCAAAUGAUGCCGGAGGCUAUACCUGUAGCGACAGCAAAAUCAGGGGUAGCGCCGAGUGGAAAUCAUGGAUGAGCUCUCAAAUGGACCUUUUGGAUGCUACCCCUGAGAACUAUGCAAAGAUCCAAUAUGUUAAGUCCCCUAACACUCAUUACCGGGAAAUGACGGAAAUUCAUGGCGAGUUGAAGGAUGGAAACCCUGAAGCAUCGUACACCAUGCCCCAAACAAAUGAAUAUAUUACUGCAGAGCCACCUGAAGGACCACCAUCCCUUGAUGUUGACCAAAGGCAGCCGCUAGUAGAAUUAAAGUCAUUUACACAAAAUAAUUUUUCACGGCCUCUCCGCCUAUCUCCUGAUAUACCCAUCUCCAUUUCUCGCCCAGCCGUUCAAAAACCAUUUGUUGUCGCCAGAUCGGAAUCCGCCCAUAGUCUUCAUAUAGCCCCCGACGUCGAUCCUGAGAGGUCUACUCCAACCGACGCUGUGCUUCCGAGAAAUGCGUCAAGAAGUCCAAGCGCCUCUCUAUUGGCUUAUGAGAAGCCCGAAUGCCUGGACCUUGCCACAUUGCCAGUUACACCCACGAGACUCCCAAAAGCUAUCCAGAGCACUAUUUCGCUCCGCAAUCACAGUGGGAAAGAUAGCCCGACCAGGCGACUCAGCGAUCCUAGAAAAUUGUCACCAACAGUCAAUUUUAGCUCUGUUCGCAACAGGAGAGACAAUGCCCGAGUGACCAAUGAGAACUUAAGGGGGGGCAGAGUACCUACUAAGAGCAACUUGCCAGAGUUAGGAGAUAUUCAUUCGACAAUUAGUAGCAAACGCAUGGUGGAUAUAUUCUUGAGUCAGAGACGGCGUCAGAUGGGCGGAGCAGAGAAAGGCACAGAGCACGCUUUUAUCUAG